AUGAAUCUCUACCGAAAAAUUGUUACAAGUGCUCAUCAUGGUCAUACAAAAGCUCAUCGACCAUUGUAUAUUGAAAAAUUCGGUUUAAGUCAUGUGAAUAAAAUAUUGAAGAUGUUUACACCAGAAGAACUGAUUCAAUGUCAUAUUUAUUCCCUUGAAUACGAUUGUCAAUUAGCAAGACAACUUAGCCGGCAGACGGGAAAACAUGUGGAAAGUUUUGCUAUGAUUUUAGAUCAAUUUUUUCCACUUUGGAAUUUUGUGAAAUAUUGGCUUGGCCCUGUGAUGACAGAAAAAAUUAUUGUUAUAAAAAAAGGUUCUCAAACAUCAGCAUCAUUAUUACAACAUAUUGAUUCUGAUCAUUUGCCAAAUGAAUAUGGUGGUAGCUGUAAUUCAUGUUCUACUGGCUCCAAUUGCAUUUCUGUGUACGACUGGAGCAAUGAUAACACUGAUGAUAAACAGGAAGAACAUGAGGAACCAGAAGAACAUGAACAACAAAAGAAACCGGAAGAAUAG